CUCUCCGUGUUUGUGCUUUCGUUUCGUUUUUGUGUUGUUGAUUUACUUUCGUUGGUUUUUAAUUCAAACACCGCCAAAGGCAGCACAAUAAAUAAUCUACGCGUAGUUUAAGGCAAAAAGAAAGUGAAGAGUGUAACCAAAAGCAAUAUACGAAGGAAAGUGUGUAAUUAGAACAGACCGCAAGCAAUCGACAGAAGGAGGAAAAUUGUUAAAUAUGACACCAUCGCCGACCAAGGAGCUCGUGAGUGGUGCCACACCGACAAUUUCCCGACGUCCGCGUGAGGAAUUUGCCGAGAAGGGUGCCAUCAUUCGCGAGGUUGAGGAUGGAGUGCGCUGUGAACAAUGCAAAUCAAAUUGUCCCGGUUUUGCAGCACACGAUUGGAGGAAAACCUGCCAAUCGUGCAAGUGUCCUCGCGAGGCGCAUGCCAUCUACCAGCAACAGACGACCAAUGUCCACGAGAGACUGGGCUUCAAGCUCGUCUCGCCCGCGGACUCCGGCGUGGAGGCACGUGAUCUGGGCUACACGUGGGUGCCGCCAGGGGUGCGUGCCUCGUCGCGCAUCAAUCGGUACUUUGAGCUGCUGCCGGAGGAGGCGGUGCCGCGGCUGGGCAGCGAGGGGGCGUGCAGCAGGGAGCGCCAGAUCGCGUAUCAGCUGCCCAAGCAGGAUCUCUCGCUGGAGCAUUGCAAGCAUCUGGAGGUGCAGCAUGAGGCCUCGUUCGAGGACUUUGUGACGGCACGCAAUGAGAUAGCGCUGGAUAUAGCCUACAUCAAGGAUGCCCCCUACGAUGAGCAUUGUGCGCACUGUGAUAACGAGAUUGCGGCCGGCGAGCUGGUUGUGGCGGCGCCCAAGUUCGUGGAGAGCGUCAUGUGGCAUCCAAAGUGCUUCAGCUGCAGCACCUGCAACUCGCUUCUGGUGGACCUCACCUACUGCGUGCACGAUGACAAAAUCUACUGCGAGCGACAUUAUGCGGAAAUGCUGAAGCCCCGCUGUGCUGGCUGUGAUGAGUUAAUUUUCAGUGGCGAGUACACAAAAGCCAUGGACAAGGACUGGCAUUCGGGCCAUUUCUGUUGCUGGCAGUGCGAUGAGAGCCUCACCGGACAGCGUUACGUGAUCCGGGACGAUCAUCCGUACUGCAUCAAGUGCUACGAGAAUGUGUUCGCCAAUACGUGCGAGGAGUGCAACAAGAUCAUUGGCAUCGACUCGAAGGAUCUGUCGUACAAAGACAAGCACUGGCAUGAGGCCUGUUUCCUUUGCUUCAAGUGCCAUCUCUCUCUGGUGGACAAGCAGUUUGGGGCCAAGGCCGAUAAGAUUUACUGCGGCAAUUGCUACGACUCCCAGUUUGCCUCCCGUUGCGAUGGCUGUGGCGAAGUGUUCCGUGCAGGUACCAAGAAAAUGGAGUACAAAACCCGUCAGUGGCACGAGAAUUGCUUCUGCUGCUGCGUCUGCAAGACGGCCAUCGGCACCAAGUCCUUCAUACCCAGGGAGCAGGAGAUCUACUGUGCCGGCUGCUACGAGGAGAAGUUUGCAACGCGCUGCAUCAAGUGCAACAAGGUGAUCACCUCUGGUGGGGUUACCUACAAGAACGAGCCGUGGCAUCGGGAGUGCUUCACCUGCACCCACUGCAACAUCACGCUGGCCGGCCAGCGAUUCACCAGUCGCGACGAGAAGCCCUACUGUGCCGAGUGCUUUGGCGAGCUGUUUGCCAAACGCUGCACGGCCUGCGUGAAGCCCAUAACAGGCAUUGGCGGUACGCGCUUCAUCUCGUUUGAGGAUCGGCACUGGCAUCACGACUGCUUCGUGUGUGCCAGCUGCAAGGCCAGUCUGGUGGGGCGCGGCUUCAUCACCGACGCAUCCGACAUCCUCUGCCCCGACUGUGCCAAGCAGAAGUUGAUGUAAGGAUCGGAACAGAUCGGUGGCGCAAACAAGCGGAUAUUAGCCAUAAACCCAUUCAACGAAAUUAUGGAUCAAACAAUGAGGAAAACACACACAGAUAGAGGGGAGGAAUAUAUAUACAUAUAUAUAUAUAUAUCUACAUGUAUUAAAACGAUAUACAAGAGAAGAUAAUGCCUUAAAACUUACAUUAGAAAUGGAGAGAAAUUCGAGAGGAAAGUGGAAGGAAGAAAGUGAAAACUGAGUCCUACAGAAUCAAAAGCAAAUUGAAUUAAAUUUUGUAAAAUUUCCAACCGAUAGAUAGUCCCUGCUUUAUCUGCACCAUCAGAGAUUGUAUAGAUAUUUAUAAUUUGUAAUUGCAUUUCAAGGCGAAAUCAAAAUUCACACAGAAAACAACAACAACAAAAGCAAACAAAAAAAAGAAGGAAGAAGAAGAAACCAAUAUGAAAUACUGGUACCAUUUGUAACUACAAACAAUAUUGUUGCCGCAUUGAAAAAUGUAUGUUUAUUUAUUUAUUUUAAGUUUUAACCAAGCGACAGGCGAGUGCCAGACACUGCUGGAACGGUAGAUUGUGCAGAGUAGGGAGAAGCAGAAGCAGAGGAGGAGAGUGGGAGUGGAAGUGGGAGUGGAGUGUCCUAGCCGCGAGUUGCACAUUCUUAAAACAGUUUUAUUGUAUUAAACAAAACAACAAAAAAACCACACGAUUUUUAUGUUUGAUGUGAAUUGUUAUGUUAAUUAAACAGCAACAAAAGCCACACACACGCACGCACAUGCGCACACACAGACACAGACACAGCCACAGCCACAUACACAUACACACAUGUCCUAGCAAUUUAAUUGUUUAGUUUAAUCAUUUCCCUUCGAUAGUUUUUGCCUUGCUUUGGUGGGAGGCGACUCCGCUACACACACACA